GGCUUUGGCGGAGUGACUGACUUCAGUUCGGGCAGAGCUUCUUAACAACUCGGAGGAGGAAGGCACGGCCGCACUUGCUUCUCUGGAGUCUUGGACGUCCCAUAGUGUUAUCUAUGGAAAACGGAAACAACAGCUACUCGCUCGCUGCAACGGUCAACGUCAAAGCCAUCAUCAGACUAACAACAAUUAAUACGUUUGAGGAGACGCCGUAAGGAGAAACGCUCUCGUUUCAUUCGCUGGAUUUUAACAUUGUAGUAACGCAAAGACUGUUGCGUCAGCUGGUCACCUUAUCAACCAUCCACGCCCAUACCUACCGGCGCUGAAGAACUCAACUUCGCUCAAGCCUGCGACAGGAUUGAUUGACAAGAGAUAUUCAGAUUACUUGGGGAGGUCACCUGUUCUGGGAUACUCGUCCAGUCUUGCCCUUAGGACUCGCCACUGACAGAUCAAGAGGAUGUUGUCUAUUCUAAGGCCAAACACGUACAAGGCGCCACUCGCUUUGCUCUCGAGGGAUUUCUACGAUUUCCGUGAGGUGGAGGACGAGACGGCUGCUAUGCUGUUGGCCAAACACAUCUGGAGGCUACUGAAGAAAGCCAAACACAGGCUGUAUCAGAUGCCAGGCUGCGAGGGAGGAGCCGGAGGCGUCUCGGUGCUCGUACCUGCAGACUUCCUCAACAGACUUUCGCGUGAUGUGGUCAGGAUGACGGAGGGAGAAAAACAUGGAGUAAGAGGCUGCACCUUACACAUCGAUUACGUCGACGGCCAAGAGGUGACUAAGAUCGGGAAGAUCAAAUGCGAUCCCCAUUUGCCGUCUUCGUCCUUGCUGCACCUGACACUGACGAGAUCAACAGAGGGGCCGAGGAACACCAACCCACUCUUGAGGAUCUUAGGCUAUGGCAACGACAACGUCAUUUACAUCAGUCCCGGUUACACGCUGGAAAAGAAGAGAGUGAGAGAGAACAACUAAACUGUAGUCAGCCAUAGCGUUUAGGGAGCUCCGAGGUAGUCGCUCAUCAAUAGUUCGUCGUAGCAGUGAUAGGGGUUGUGUAGAACCAGUCGAGCUUUUGUAAAGGAGCUUCGCCGUUGAGCGUGGACAAGAUGGUGAACUGCGCGACCGUUAAAAUAUUUGGUUAUUUUCUUUAUGCUGAUGCUGACAUCCAAUGAUGUGAAGUUUCUGCAUCGGUCUUCAAAGGCUGAGGAGUUUCUGACACGUUCUUUAGUGGUGAAAGCUUUCGCAAUGGUCUUAUACAGCUGAAUCAGUUUUUGGAUGAAAUUGUCUGAAGUUGAGCAAAACUACUCCUAGGUUUCAUUUUUCGCGAGGACUUCAAAGAGAAACUUUUGCGUCAUAUAGGUAACCUUCGUUUUUAUUGGUGUGCAAUUCAUGACAUUUGUUAUAACAAAAGUAGCGAUCAUGUUAAGUGUUGUUAAACUGAUAUAUCACUUGAUGGAAAAUUCACCGUUUGUUCAGAAAGGGAUGUGAAAUUCCCGAACCCGAAAAGCAAAUGUUGCACCGUUGUUUUUCCCUUUAUCAUACAUAUUGAUGAUCAAACCUCACACCUCAUUACCAGGUGAUGAAUACAAGGAGCUUCCAUACUUUAUUUUUGUAGAAAGAUGCCUUAUUUCAACUUCAGAGCUAUCAUUAAUAAUGAAAACGUCUUGCUUUUGAAUUUCCGUUAUCGACGGCCCUUAAUGCGUUAAUAAUAAACAGGUAUAUAUAGUUAUUUUUUUACUUGAUUAUCUUUAUGUAGUAGUAUGUUCAGACCACUUAAAUCAUCCAUUUUCAUCUACAGUUUCGUCCGAGUACCCAAAAUUUCAGGAACUACUGCAUCAUCAUUCGAGAGAAUUCUUUUGUGUUUCAACACCACCUCCCUCGUUCUCUAAAACUAAACGUACUAUCUACAACAAACAUUGUUCACAACUUCACUGAAUGUUCUUUUGGAGGAUCCACCUGAACUGUUUAGUCGGUGUUUAUAAACUAUAAAGCUGUAUCCUUAUGAUGUACACGAGAUUAAAUUUAUAGGUAACAUGACUGUACGUCAUGUUUUUCUUGAAGAGGACGCGAACACAUUCCAGUACUUAAGAGUUUCCAAUAGCACAAAAGAUUCGUUUUAUUUUUCUUAAAAGGUAUGCUAGGUUUAUCGUUAUAGCGAUACACAUCUCCAGUUGUUAUCAACACUGGUAUCACCAGUCAUUUGAUUACCAGAUUUCUAUUCACUAGUUAAGACACGCUGCAAUCGUGUAGCCAGCAGGUUCACGUUGGUUUUGAAUUCAUUUCAACCCUUUUCGAAAACCACCAGUAUCCAAUAAUGAAAGUCCGCAAUGGAAAAAAAAAAAAACAAUCCAGCAGUAUUAAUGGCUUCCCUUCGGAUAAAACUGGGGAAGUUCACAAGAUUUCUGCAUCGUGUGCCUGCGCUUCUCGGCGAAUGCGUCCGAAGGCAUGAGAAGAAUCUCAAGAUUUGCCAAAAAUAAGCUAGUCAUAGCCGUUUCCUGUGAUGUUGCAUCUAGGGUUAAACUGUAGCUCUCUAUAUUUAUACGUGUACUGUUUCAGAGCCAAAUGAAUGGCAAUGUUAUCAAUCAUUUUCAGGUACUGCACUCGUGCUCUGUAGUACCCAGACAAUAAGGGACAAUCGAUGGUAGAUGUUUAAGGAUUUAAACAAAGUUUACGUUUUAUGAAGAUUUUCAUCAUCUUUUCUAUUUAUCAGAAUCGCUUGGUCUUAUAAAUGUAUCAUUCACAGUAAUUAUUAAUAGGAACAUAUUUCCCUUUUGAACAGGAUGAUUUGUGGAAAGAAUUUCGGGAUGUAUUCCUUAAUUUAUUUUGUCUGUAUUUAAUUUUCAUGUAUUCAGAAAUUCAUUGCAAUAAAACAUAUGAAAGUUUCGGGAUGUACUCCCUAAUUUAUUUUGUCUGUAUUUAAUUUACAUGUAUUCAGAAAUUCAUUGCAAUAAAAGAUAUGAAAGUUGUAAA